AUGUAUAAAGGUUAUGAGAAUAUUGUCGGUUCAAUCUUUAUGGAACGUAAAAGAAAAAGACAUGAUAUACACGAGUAUACAAACAAAAAGAUAAAUCUAUCGUUAAGUUAUCGAAUCACAAGAUCACUAUCUACAUCUG